AUGGCUGGAAUUUUGAAACAACCAGGUCCAUUCGCAAUAACUCCACACAAAGUAUCCCUCUGCAUACUCUUCAAGAAUCUACGCUCCUCCAACUCUUCUCCUAACACCAUUACCAGAUUUUCCUCCUUGAAGAGCGGUGACCAGGAAGCUCUCACGAAGUUAUUUGCUGGAAAGGACAAGUCUGAAAAGGCUGGUGAAGCAACGGAAGACAUACAAAACGAAAAGCAAGAUACCGAAGAAAGUUGUUCAAAGAAAAGAAAAUUAUCCACGUCUGAGGUUAAUAUCACCUUUUCCGUUUCUGAUGUCAAGAGUACAUACAAGGAUGCUACCCUUUUGCCCAAAUGGAAGGCAUUCCAGACAGUCAUUUUUCUUGAAGGGGAUGAUGGUUUGCAAGAUUCAAGUAAAAUCGCUGCAUUUGAUUUUGAUGGGUGUCUUGCGAAAAUGAUGUGA